AUGAAAAGGCAGAGAAGUUUAUUUUUCGUGUUUUGUUUGGCGGGUUCGGCGCUUGGGGAGGGGGAGGAGCGCCCGUUUCGGUUCGAGCCGUUUGCGCCGCAGACCGGCGCGCUGAAGAGCUUCUACCCGCGCGGCCGCGGAAAAGAGGAGGCGGCGAUGCUGUACAGCGCGGCCACUUUCCCGAACCCGUUCGUCGAGCCUGAACGCUGCGCGUUCGCCGCUCGAAAAACCCACUCUUGGCUCUGCGACCCCGAGAAACUGCUGCCUCCCCUCGAGGAAGCUGAACUUGAACUUGCACUGCUGCGGCUGCGCGACGAGCGCGCCCACGAAUGCGCCGACGGAAAGCUGCAUCAUUUCCAAGUAAUUGAAAAAUGGGGAAUCGGCAACAAGUCCUGCCACGAUGGAAUGGUCCUCAUGUUCGUCAAAAAUCAUCUCCUCGUUUCUCUCGUUGGCCGAGCCCGAGUGAACUUGACUUACCUCCUCUCGGGCUCUGUGGGGGCGGCGCUGAUAACGGGGGUGGAGUUGGUGGGGGGUCAGUUGCCGGAGGCUCCCACGGGUGCGUAA